AUGCCAGUAUGCACAGAUUGUGGAGGCACAGUCAUCGAAUAUGACCAGGCUGCAGGAAACGGGUUUUGCGUGAAAUGCGGGACUGUUGUCGAAGAAAACACUAUCGUCAAUGAAAUCGCGUUUGGAGAGGCAUCUAACGGUGCUGCGAUAGUGCAGGGGUCGUUCGUGGGGCAGGGUGCCACACAUGCCCGAAUGAGCGGACCGUAUGGAAAUCGGGGCAGUAAUGAGUCGAGAGAGCAGACCAUCGCAAAUGCCAGCAAGAAGAUCCAAAACAUUGCCAACGUUCUCCGACUCUCAGAGGUUGUCUGUCUGGCCGCAACACGACUCUACACCCUCGCCGUUGAACACAAAUUCACGAAGGGCCGGAAAAGCAUGAACGUCGUAGCUGUCUGCCUCUAUGUCGCCUGCCGUCAGAAGGAGACACGAAACUACAUGCUCAUCGACUUUUCGGAUCUCCUGCAAGUCAAUGUCUUCGAACUCGGACACACCUACCUCCAACUCGUCCAGACCCUCAACCUUCGCCUGCCUCUCGUCGACCCAUCCCAUUAUAUCUCUCGCUUCUCCGCCCUCCUCGAAUUCGGUGACGAAACACACAAAGUUGCGACUGACGCCGUACGCCUUGUUCAACGAUUCGACCGCGACUGGAUGACCCGCGGCCGGCGACCAGCAGGGAUAUGCGGCGCCGCUCUCCUCCUGGCAGCUCGGAUGAACAACUUCAGACGUUCAGUCGAGGAGAUCGUGCAAGUUGUCAAAAUCGCGGACACCACGCUGAAAAAACGACUAGAGGAGUUCAAGGCGACUCCAAGCGGAGCGUUGACCUUGGCCGAUUUCCGGAAUGUCUGGCUGGAGGAGGAGAUGGACCCGCCUGCAUUCACGAAGGGAAAAGAGCGAGAAGAGGCGGAGAGGCUGGCGUUGGAACAGGGCGAAGAUGUAGUGGACAAAGGGAAGGGCAAGGCGAAAGAGAAGGGUAAAGGAAAGAAAGCUGGCAAGAAGCGAAAAGGGAAACGGAAACGCGGGGAAGAAACGGAGGAAGAGGAAGAGGAGCAGCCGGCAGGAGGCGCGAACCCCGACUCACAACCUCCGCCUCGCCAGCCGCUUGACCCAUCGAUACUGAACGACAGCAUACUCGCCGAUGCCAUGCCCAUACCGCAGCCUGUUGUGGACGAUAGCAACAUCGACCCCGCGUUGUUGGCAGAAUCCAUACCAGACCUUGGUCCUCCGGAGUUUUCGACAACCACCCCAGCUCUCACGCCGCCUCCAACAGACUUUGUUGAGGAAGGCGUCUCAGAAGCCCUCGCUGAGGAAGUCGCGACUUUCCUGCAGGGUUCUCAAGGGACCCUCUUGACAGAAGCUCUCGACGAGGCUGAGGAACGUCGCCUUUCGCAGAUUACGAUUGUAGACGAACUUCUGGGAUUGAAUGAGGAAGAGCUAGAUCGUUUCAUUCUUUCUGAAGAGGAAGUCAAGAUUAAAGAACGUGUUUGGGUCGAGCUGAAUAGGGAGUACCUCGAGGCACUUGCAGCAAAAGGGAACCAGGAUGGGACAACUACGAAGAGCAGGAAGCGUCGUAAAACAAACACAAGACCUCGAGACGCGUCAACAGCUGCUGGUGACACCGCCGCAGAAUCCGUGCGCAACUUGCUCAAGAAAAACCCUAAGUACAGCAAACGGAUAAACUACGAGGCCCUCAAGGACCUCUUCGUCGAGAGCGGCGGCUCUUCUUCCAUCCGCGCGAACAUGACCAUAGGCGACGACGAGAAAGACGAUGCGGAGCUCUUCACUAUGGAUGACGACAAGAGUGAUGGGGAGGGUAUGCUGAACCCUACUAUCAUCGUUGAAGAGGAGCCUGGGUCUGUUGCGUCAUGGAAACCUCCUAACGAGCUGCAGAAGACGAAGACGCGCAUGAUGGCUCUGGAGGAUAUGGAUAUGGACGAGGAUGCGAGUGAUGAAGAUAAGGAUGAUGAUGCGCUCGGAUGGGAGGACGCGUAUGAGCAGGAGGUGUAG